GGUCCAUCCAUGGCGACGAAGCAGCCGCCGCCGUCCGCCUCUACAUCCGGGGCCGCGGUGUCCAUGAAGGACUACCUCAAGCGGUACCAGUCGGGCCCCGCCGCCGCCGACCAGAAGAAGGCCAAGAAGAAGAAGAAGCCCAAGCCCAGCGCCCCCGCCGGGGCCGGGGUGCUCAUCGUCGACGAGGACCCCGUCUGGCAGAAGCCCGUGCAGAUCGAGGACGAGCCCGCGUCGUCAGGCGACGAGAAGCCUCAGGUGGAUGAAGACAUUGAGGUCAAGCGGAUGCGCCGCAUGGAGGAAAUCCGCGCCAAGCGGCCCUACAAUUCCAUCGCCAACGAUGGCAGUGGCUGGGUCACUGUGGAUGCUGACUCGCCCCGCCGCCGCAGGAACGACACUCCCUCACCAGAGAGGGGCGCCGGCGCUGGCGCCGGGAGGAAGGACCUCUCGCCCCCACGCCGAAGGCAGCGGCGCGACACACCCUCGCCGAAGCAUGGAAGUGCUGCGGGGGCUGACAUUUCGCCGCCAAGGCAGAGGCAGAGGCGGCGUGACACGCCCUCGCCAGAGGCAGAGGGAGGCGAUUUGUCGCCCCCACGGAAGGUCAGGCGGCAAGGGGAUCAGUCUCCUCCAAGGAGACGUGCUCGCCAUGACUCUGAGGAACCACCCCAGGAUCUCUCACCGCCACGGAGGCGCACGAGGCAUGAUUCGGAGGAGCCUCAAGACCUCUCCCCGCCUCGGCGAAGGACAAGGCAUGACUCUGAGGAGCCCAAAGACUUGUCUCCACCUCGACGACGGACACGGCAUGAUUCAGAGGACCGCAAAGUCCUCUCUCCACCCCGCCGCCAGAUACGGCAGGAUACGAAGGAGCCCGAGGACAUCUCUCCACCACGGAGACGGAAGCGCCAGGAUUCGACGCAGCCGGGCGAUCUGUCACCCCCGAGAAGACGAAAAAUGGGACAGGACCUGGUGGAUGGGGACAUUUCGCCACCAAGGAAGGGUCAGAAAUUUGCAUCAGAUGAUCUGUCUCCACCUCGUAAGGGGAGAGACCUUUCUCCUCCAAGGAAGGGUAGAAAGGAAGGAGCUCCAAAAGAGGCAAGGAGAGCUGGGUUGAUGUCAGCAGAGGAAGUUAAAGAGGACAUCAGAAAGAUUAAGGAGGAUGAGAAGCUUAAGUUCGCAGCUCAGGAUCCUUCCUUCACUGGUAAAGGCGCAAAGGCAGUAUUCCGAGAUAAGGAAGGAAAACGGAUAAAUCAAGAAGACAUACAGAAGGCAAAGGGAGAUGAGAAGCCAAAGGAAAAGCAUAUAGAAUGGGGUAAAGGGUUGGUGCAGAAGCGAGCAGCAGAGGCUAGAGUUCAGGAUCUUGAAGAUGAGAAGAGCAAACCAUUUGCGCGAACAAGGGAUGAUCCUGAGCUUGACAGUAUGCUAAAAAACAGACUCCGGUGGGGUGAUCCUAUGGCUCAUCUUGUUAAGCGCAAAGAGGACUUUCUUCUUGAUGACUUGGGAGAUGAUGAAAAGAUGAAAGAAUCUGGCUUUAUAGUUCCUCAAAAUGUACCUACUCACAGCUGGCUGAAACGUGGCGUAGAUCCUCCUCUGAACCGUUAUGGAAUAAAACCUGGUCGUCAUUGGGAUGGAGUGGAUCGCAGCAAUGGAUACGAGAAGGAUAUGUAUAAGCUGAAGAACGACAAACAAGCAAUGGAGCAAGAGGCCUAUCUCUGGUCUGUCGCCGAUAUGUGAGCGCCGCUGUCGCAGUUCCAAGAACAUGUAUGCCUGAUCUGAUACAUACAUUAGUACUACGCGCGGAUCAGUUUUUGAGGUUCUGCAAUGUGCCCGCAAGGAAGCGAGGCCCUGUGAAUGUUUCUUCUUCAAACAUAUGAUGAGAUGGGUUCUUUCUCUGGUGGGUGCUUCGGCUAUGGCGGAGGCGAGCGACAGGCGAAGUUUGUGUUGUGCGCUUCCCAAGUAUGUUCUGUUAGGAUCCUGUGAGUGUGUAUUGCGUUGUAUUCUGUUUGCUUAUAGACAUGCAGUGUUUCCCAAAAUAUAUGGUGAGAUGAUCACGGGAAAUGAAUGAUUUGCUCGAGUAGCCCCGUAUGGCUUGCUCUGAAGAAGCUCAGGGGAGCAACAGUUUUGUUAUGUAUUCAUUGGAUUUCUGCUACACGGCACAGUUUACACACAUUUUGUAAGAUGCAAGCGGAUAUACAUAUAUGUUCAAAGAUUUGAUU